AUGCCCGGGAUGAUGGACAAGGGCUCCGAGUACCUGGGCUCCAAGGCCCGGUCCAACGGCACCAAGAGUCCGUCCACAGCGUCCAACGGACACUGCUCCGAGGACAGCAGCGACGACGAGCACGAUGUGGGGAUGCGUGUCGGCUCAGACUUCCAGGCCUCGAUCCCGGACUUUGAACCUGGAAGAAAAUACUCAGAGAAAGAGAGCGGAGGAAUGUUAGUGUGGUCUCCAUAUCACUGCAUCUCUGACUCCAAACUCGACGAGUACAUCGCCAUCGCCAAAGAGAAGCACGGAUACAAUGUGGAGCAGGCCCUGGGAAUGCUGUUCUGGCACAAACACAACAUAGAGAAGUCUUUGGCAGAUUUGCCGAACUUCACCCCGUUUCCCGACGAGUGGACGGUGGAGGACAAGGUCCUGUUCGAGCAGGCCUUCAGCUUCCACGGCAAGAGCUUCCACCGCAUCCAGCAGAUGGCCUUCAGCUUCCACGGCAAGAGCUUCCACCGCAUCCAGCAGAUGUUACCGGACAAGUCCAUCUCGUCUCUGGUCAAGUACUAUUACUCCUGGAAGAAGACUCGUUCUAGAACCAGCCUCAUGGACCGACAGGCACGCAAGCUAGCCAGCCGCGCCAACCAGGAGGACAGUGAUGAGGAAAUGGAGGAGGCCAACCCCAUCGAAGCCAACGACAGCGACUACGACCCCACCAAGGAAACCAAGAAAGAGAACCUGCCUGAGGCCCCUCCUCCCAGCACCAAACUGGCCCUGGGUCGCAGAGAGCACCAGACACUUACACACCGCCACCACCAGAGGGCGCGCUGCCGGCCGCCCAAAGGAAUGUACCUGACGCAGGACGACGUGUUAGCGGUGUCCUGCUCCGUGACCGCGGCCAACAGUCUGCUGAGGGGUCUGGACCUGGAGCUGGUGUCGCUGAAGAGACAGGUGCAGAACGCCAAACAGAUCAACAGCAGCCUCAAACACGGUCUGGAGCCCGGGGUCGAGGACUUCCUGCUGCCCGAGAGUAACCAGAAGGUGAACGCUCGCUGGACGACAGACGAGCAGCUUCUAGCCGUUCAGGGAGUGCGUAAAUACGGCAAACACUUCCAGGCGAUCGCAGACGUGAUCGGGAACAAGACGGUGGGGCAGGUCAAGAACUUCUUUGUGAACUACCGGCGGCGCUUCAACCUGGAGGAGGUGCUGCAGGAGUGGGAGGCAGAGCAGGGGACCCGAGCCCCCAACGGAGACAGCGCCCCCGGUGGAGAGGAGGGCAAGAGCAGCACGCCAGCCUCAGGGAAGAGCACGGACGAGGAGGACGAGGAGGUCUCGUCAGGGGCCUCUCCAGCCGCCUCCUCUUCAUCCCUCCCCCCCUCCUCCUCCUCCUCCUCCCUGCACCAGCCCCCCCCUCUCCUGCGCCCCUCCCUCCCCUCGGCCCCCGCGCUGCACCGCCACCCGCCGCCGCUGCAGCAGCAGGCGCGCUUCCUGCAGCCGCGCGCCGCUCUGCACCAGCCGCCGCCUCUGAUCCGACCCACGGGGACCGCCCCUCAGCCGCCGAGACUGAACCCCAGACCCCAGCAGACCUCCACCUCCUCCACCUCCUCCUCCACCUCCUCCACCUCCACCUCCUCCACCUCUGCUGCUGCAUCAGGGAGCGCGCAGACGGAGACCACGCUCUGA